AGAGCGAACAAGAGCUAAAAGAUGAAGAAAUGGAAUUGUUCACAAAAUAUUACAUGGAAUGGAAAGGAGGAAGAAAAAGUGGCAAUACAUCGUAUACAAACAUACCACGAUUUUAUUACAGGCUGCCAGCUGAAGAUGAAGUCUUGCUUCAGAAAUUAAGAGAAGAAUCUAGAGCAGUUUUUCUGCAAAGAAAAAGUAGAGAGCUGUUGGAUAAUGAAGAGCUGCAGAACCUGUGGUUUCUACUGGACAAACACCAGACAUCACCAAUGGUUGGGGAAGAAGCAAUGAUCAACUAUGAGAACUUCUUGAAAGUUGGUGAAAAAGCUGGAUCUAAAUGCAAGCAGUUCUUCACAGCCAAGAUCUUUGCUAAAUUGCUCCAUAAUGAUCCUUAUGGGAGGAUAUCUAUCAUGCAGUUUUUCAAUUAUGUCAUGCGAAAAGUAUGGCUUCAUCAGACAAGAAUAGGUCUCAGUUUAUAUGACGUGGCAGGACAAGGCUACCUCAGAGAAUCAGAUUUAGAAAACUAUAUUUUGGAACUUAUCCCUACUUUGCCACAACUGGAUGGUUUAGAAAAAUCUUUUUACUCCUUCUAUGUCUGCACAGCAGUUAGAAAGUUCUUCUUCUUUCUGGAUCCUCUCAGAACAGGAAAGAUAAAGAUACAGGAUAUUUUAGCUUGCAGCUUCCUGGAUGACUUACUAGAGUUAAGGGAUGAAGAACUUUCUAAAGAAAGUCAGGAAACAAAUUGGUUUUCUGCUCCUUCUGCAUUAAGAGUUUAUGGCCAGUACUUAAACCUUGAUAAAGAUCACAAUGGCAUGCUCAGCAAAGAAGAACUGUCCCGGUAUGGAACAGGGACUCUGACCAACAUAUUUUUGGAUCGUGUCUUUCAGGAAUGCUUAACCUAUGAUGGUGAAAUGGACUAUAAAACCUACUUGGACUUUGUGCUUGCAUUAGAAAACAGAAAGGAGCCUGCAGCUCUGCAAUAUAUUUUCAAACUGCUUGAUAUAGAGAACAAAGGAUACCUGAAUGUUUUUUCCCUUAAUUAUUUCUUUAGGGCUAUUCAGGAACAAAUGAAAAUCCAUGGACAAGAACCAGUUUCUUUUCAGGAUGUCAAGGAUGAAAUCUUUGAUAUGGUGAAGCCUAAGGAUCCUUACAAAAUCUCCCUUCAAGACUUAAUCAAUAGCAGUCAAGGAGACACUGUUACCAGCAUUCUAAUUGAUCUGAAUGGGUUCUGGACGUACGAGAACAGAGAGGUCCUUGUGGCAAGUGAUAAUGACAACACUGCUGAUGUUGAUGAUACGUGACUGACCAGGAGCAGAGUGUAUCCAUAGAGAUAUCUCAGUCUGAUGCACCAACCCUUGGGAGCUGGAAACAUGAAUUAUCUGAGUCAAUGCCUCUUCCAUUUUAAUUCCCUCCCCUUCUCCCUGUGCCCCCCCCCCCCAAUAUAAAAUGUGGUACAUACAGGAAUCACAGAACUAAUUUCUGAAAUGAAAGAAGCAAGUGUUUAAGAGGUAAAAAAUAGCUUUUUAAAAAAAUAAAUAUUUUCGGACUUUU